CAUGUACCGGUACUUCGGGGAGUUGCUCAGCCGGGGAGCGGGCAGCGUCCUGGCUUCCGGUGACUCCGUCCUCCCGGUGUCCGCGUCCCUGCUGCGGUACCGCGGCUACAGCCAGGCCGUGGACCGGGACGACGACCCCAACUUCUUCACCAUGGUGGAGGGCUUCUUCGACAAGGGCGCCGCUAUCGUGGAGGACAAGCUGGUGGAGGACGUGAAGACCCGGGAGAGCCCGGAGCAGAAGAGGAAGCGGGUCCGCGGGAUCCUGCGGAUCAUUAAGCCGUGUAACCACGUCCUGAGCGUCAGCUUCCCCAUCAAGCGGGACAGCGGAGAGUGGGAGGUGGUGGAGGGCUACCGGGCUCAGCACAGCCAGCACCGGACACCGUGCAAGAGAGGAAUCCGUUACAGCACAGAUGUGUCAGUGGACGAGGUGAAAGCUCUGGCCUCACUGAUGACGUACAAAUGUGCCGUGGUCGAUGUGCCGUUUGGUGGAGCCAAAGCUGGAGUGAAGAUCAACCCCAAGAAAUACUCAGACAACGAGCUGGAGAAGAUCACCAGGAGGUUCACAGUGGAGCUAGCCAAGAAAGGCUUCAUCGGACCGGGGAUCGAUGUUCCUGCUCCAGACAUGAGCACUGGGGAGAGGGAGAUGUCCUGGAUCGCAGACACCUUCUCCACCACCAUGGGACACUACGAUAUCAAUGCUAACGCCUGUGUAACCGGUAAACCCAUCAGUCAGGGAGGAAUCCACGGCCGGAUCUCGGCCACUGGACGAGGAGUCUUCCACGGGAUCGAGAACUUCAUCAACGAGGCCUCAUACAUGAGUCAGCUGGGAAUGUGUCCAGGCUUCCAGGACAAGACCUUCGUCAUCCAGGGUUUUGGGAACGUCGGCCUCCAUUCCAUGCGCUACCUCCAUCGUUUUGGAGCCAAGUGCGUUGGAAUCGGUGAAAUGGACGGAAGCAUCUGGAACCAGAACGGCAUCGACCCCAAAGAGCUGGAGGACUACAAGCUGGCCAACGGGACCAUUGUGGGUUUCCCCAACUCGACCCCGUAUGAGGGAAACAUCCUGGAGGCUGACUGUGACAUCCUGAUCCCAGCAGCUAGCGAGAAACAGCUGACGAAGAGCAACGCCCACAAGAUCAAGGCCAAGAUCAUUGCUGAGGGAGCCAACGGUCCGACCACGCCUGAGGCCGACCGCAUCUUCCUGGAGAGAAACAUCAUGGUGAUCCCGGACAUGUACCUUAAUGCUGGGGGCGUGACUGUUUCUUACUUCGAGUGGUUGAAGAAUCUGAAUCACGUCAGUUACGGUCGACUCACCUUCAAAUACGAGAGAGACUCCAACUACCACCUCCUCAUGUCCGUCCAGGAAAGUCUAGAGAGGAAGUUUGGGAAACAUGGCGGCUCCAUCCCCGUCGUCCCCACCUCGGAGUUCCAGGCUCGCAUCUCUGGGGCCUCAGAGAAAGACAUCGUUCAUUCAGGUCUGGCCUUCACCAUGGAGCGCUCUGCCAGGCAAAUCAUGAGAACAGCCAACAAGUACAACCUGGGUCUGGACCUGAGGACGGCCGCGUACGUCAACGCCAUCGAGAAGGUGUUCAAGGUUUACAGCGAGGCCGGCCUCAUCUUCACGUAGACACGCCCCCAGCUGUCACGUGGACACGCCCCCACCCCCCCAGCUGUCACUAGACACGCCCCCAGCUGUCACCGACACCUGUCACUCACAUAGACACACCCCAGUUAUAGACAUGCCCCAUUUGUCAUUAGAUACACCUCCACCUGCAGACACACAGACACACCUGUCACUAGACACGCCCCAUCUGUAGACACGCCCCCACCUGUCACUAGACACGCCCCAUCUGUAGACACGCCCCCACCUGUCACUAGAAACGCCCCAUCUGUAGACACGCCCCCACCUGUCACUAGAAACGCCCCAUCUGUAGACACGCCCCCACCUGUCACUAGACACGCCCCAUCUGUAGACACGCCCCCACCUGUCUGUUACCUGUCUGUUUGUCCUCUGUGUUUAACCUGAAACAAACCUCAGAUGUUCUCAUUUUUACUGACGCUGCUCUGACCCCUGAACGUAUCACAGACGCCUUAAGGUUUGUGGAUAAAGUCCCUUUGGUCAAAAGUAUGUGGACAGCCUUUAAUUGACUCUUUUUUUAAAAUCUGAAAUUAAUAAUCAUUGAUCCCAUGUUAAAUAGCUGCUUCUACAUCAAACAUUAACAGACGUGCACAAACUUUUGGCCACUUUACCUCCAUGUUUGUCUCAUGAUGCCUCAGGAGCCGAAUGUCGACGUUUCCUCAAAGGGAAAUAAAUAAAUAAAUAAACAUUUUAAGUCUGAGAUUCUGAACGUUUAAAUUAAAUCAGCUAUGCAAAUGAGUCCCAGUUUAUCUGUUUACUGCUUCAUCUCAGGGUGGAAAAUGUUUCUGUGCUUUAUUUUCUGACAUUUAAACGUCUCUGAUUCAUGUGGGCGGAGUUUUUAUGGCUUUUUGUUACAAUGAUGUCAAAGCAAAAUAAAGCAGAAAUAAAACCAAA